AGUUAAACGGGAGGGCUGACUGGGAGGUGUGGUUAGAAAUGUGAUACAGUAAAAUAAGUUCGGUGAGAAUUUAAAGAGAUGUUGCAUUCGGUCCCAACUAGGCGUUGGUGUGGCGUUUGUGUGCUUGGUUUGAGAUGCCGUUGGCUCUAUGGAUAAGAAGUUAAACGCAUUCCCCAAAACAUCUGGCUGCUUUAUCGACGCGUGCAGACUUCAGCGUCUGAACACAUGAGAGAACAACACUCGGUUUUAUUUGACCAUUCGCAGCUUUUAUAAGUUCCCUGAAGACCCUCGGAUCUCAUCAUUUAAAGCAACACUAAAGAGUUUUUGCUCUUUGCCCCCCCUACAGGUUGGAAGCGGAAUUGUCCAUUACCACUAUCAUAAAUAAUUUAUCCUACUGCAGCAAAGCUGGCUCUGAUUGGAUUGUAGGUCUGCCGUAAAGCAAGUUUUUGUAGUUUCACUCGAACUACAGGAGCGCAACCCGACGGUUGGAAACUUCUUUAGUGCAGUUUUGGCCGAUAGAGUGCUGCAAAGCGAAGUGCCGUUCACCCUGUUUCAAGUGGAUGAAAGACUGAAACUUUUUUGGAAACGUUAUUUUAAGGUAAAAAAACUCUUUGGUGUUGCUUUAAGAUCUCUCCAAAUCCAGUACCCAACAACUAUGAGUCAGUUAACCUGUGCAUUGCUGCGGGUAAUCUCUUUAUUGCUGGUUACCCGGGGUAUGUUUGCAAUGGUGCUAUAUAAUGCUACUGAUCUGGGCAUUCUUCUGGACAAGUACAUGGAUGAUGAUGGAGAAGGGGCGGUGCCAAAACAGCGAGGCAAGAGGGCAAUCACUGCCGGUGACAUGCAGGCCAUCCUGGACCUUCACAACAAACUCAGGGGACAGGUCAAUCCACCAGCUGCAAAUAUGGAAUACAUGGUGUGGGACAAUGAACUGGAGCGGAGCGCUGAGGAAUGGGCUGAAACCUGUCUGUGGGAACAUGGUCCAGCUGGGCUGCUGCCUCAAAUUGGCCAGAAUUUAGGAGUUCACUGGGGAAGCUAUCGGCCACCUACUUCUCAUGUACAGACGUGGUAUAAUGAGGUCAAAGACUACUCUUUCCCACAUGAAUGUAGCUCAGACUGUCCUUUUCAGUGCAGUGGUCCAGUCUGUACUCACUACACUCAGCUUGUUUGGGCAACCAGUAGUCGUAUUGGCUGCGCGAUCAAUGUGUGUUACAACAUGAACGUGUGGGGUCAUAUCUUGGCAAAGGCUGUUUAUCUUGUAUGCAACUACUCCCCAAAAGGUAACUGGUGGGGUUAUGCUCCAUAUAAACAUGGCCCCCCUUGCUCCGCCUGCCCACCCAGCUAUGGUGGAGUGUGCAAAGAAAAUCUCUGUUAUAAAGGUGAUGAAACAAAUAGACAAAGCCCACGUGAGGAAACAGAGGAAAGAAAUUCUGUCGAACCGGAGGCCCCUCACAGCCCUAGACCCCGUUCACGGGCCCCAAAUCCAACCAGACAGCCAAAUACAGUUGUGAGCAAAGAACAGAUGUCCCAGGUCGUGACGUGCGACACAAAGCUAAGAGACCAGUGUAAGGGCACCACGUGUAAUAGGUACGAGUGUCCUGCUGGUUGUUUAGACAGCAUUACAAAAGUGGUUGGAACGGUGUAUUAUGACAUGCAAUCCAGUAUUUGCCGGGCUGGCAUUCAUUAUGGUGUCAUUGACAACGAUGGAGGUUGGAUGGAUGUCACAAGACAUGGCAGAAAGGAGUAUUUCAUCAAAUCAUACAAAAAUGGAGUUCAGUCUCUUGGGAAGUACCUGAGUGCCAAUGCUUUCACAGUAUCAAAAGUGACAGCGAAAGGUAUUACAUGUGCGACUACAGUUUCUGUGCUAUGCCCUUACCAAAGACCUGCAAGUCACUGUCCAAGGAUUUACUGUCCUUCAAACUGCAAGGAAGAAAAUCCCCAGCAUUCCCGUGUCAUCGGUACCAACUAUUAUUCAGAUAAAUCUAGUAUAUGCAAUGCGGCAAUUCACGCUGGUGUCAUAAACAACGAGUCGGGGGGUUACAUCGACGUGAUGCCCUUGGACAACAGACAGCUGUACAUUUCCUCAUACCAGAACGGCAUAUUGUCAGAAAGCCUGCAAAAUCCAGCGGGAGGCAAGGCAUUCAGAGUAUUCGCAGCUAUAUGAGUGUGAGCUAAAACUGUGGUCACUCAUCAAGUCAGUCCACCAAGUCUGUUUAUUAUGUUGAAAUCGGCUUAUCACAAACACCUUAAAUUUUCAGCUCAGUCUCACGAAAUUGCGUAUAUAGUAACAAACAUUUUUGAAUCUUUUUCGUUAUACUGUCACGAAUUUCCGCCUUUUUCGUGAUCAUAUCACAAAUUUCUGUUUAUGUGUCAUUGUCACGUAUUGGUUACUCAACUGUUUUGUACUAUUACCAUUGUUGCUUCGGUUUAGGGUUAGAUUUACAUAAAAUAACAGAAACUUUUGAAUGUUUUUUGUGAUACUGUCACGAAUUUCAGCGUUUUUUUGUGAUUGUAUCACAAAUUUCUGUUUAUGUGUCAUUGUCACGUAUUGGUUACUCAACUGUUUUGUACUAUUACCAUUGUCGCUUCGGUUUAGGGUUAGAUUUACAUAAAAUAACGGAAACUUUUGAAUGUUUUUCGUGAUACUGUCACGAAUUUCUGUGUUUUUUCGUGAUCGUAUCACAAAUUUCUGUUUAUGUGCCAUUGUCACGUAUUGGUUACUCAACUGUUUUGUACUAUUACAAUUGUCGCUUCGGUUUAGGGUUAGAUUUACAUAAAAUAACGGACACUUUUGAAUGUUUUUCGUGAUACUGUCACGAAUUUCCGCCUUUUUCGUGAUCAUAUCAUAAAUUUCUGUUUAUGUGUCAUUGUCACGUAUUUGUUACUCAACUGUUUUGUACUAUUACAAUUGUCGCUUUGGUUUAGGGUUAGAUUUACAUAAAAUAACGGAAACUUUUGAAAGUUUUUCGUGAUACUGUCAUGAAUUUCUGCGUUUUCUGUGAUCGUAUCACAAAUUUCUGUUUAUGUGUCAUUGUUACGUAUUGGUUACCCAACUGUUUUGUACUAUUACCAUUGUCGCUUUGGUUUAGGGUUAGAUUUACAUAAAAUAACGGAAACUUUUGAAAGUUUUUCGUGAUACUGUCAUGAAUUUCUGCGUUUUCUGUGAUCAUAUCACAAAUUUCUGUUUGUGUGUCAUUGUCACGUAUUUGUUACUCAACUGUUUUGUACUAUUACAAUUGUCGCUUUGGUUUAGGGUUAGAUUUACAUAAAAUAACGGAAACUUUUGAAUGUUUUUCGUGAUACUGUCACGAAUUUCUGUGUUUUUUCGUGAUCAUAUCACAAAUUUCUGUUUAUGUGUCAUUGUCACGUAUUGGUUACUCAACUGUUUUGUACUAUUACCAUUGUUGCUUCGGUUUAGGGUUAGAUUUACAUAAAAUAACGGAAACUUUUUUGAAUGUUUUUCGUGAUACUGUCACGAAUUUCUGUGUUUUUUUCGUGAUCGUAUCACAAAUUUCUGUUUAUGUGUCAUUGUCACGUAUUGGUUACUCAACUGUUUUGUAAUAUUACCAUUGUCGCUUCGGUUUAGGGUUAGAUUUACAUAAAAUGACAUCCUUACCCAAACCCAACUCUAACCCUAACGCCAGGCGACAUGUUUUAAAAUUUUGAAAAUAUAAAAAAAUAAAUCAGAAAAAAUAGUAUAAACCAAUACUUAAAGUGACAUCCUAACGCAAACACCAAAUCUAACCCUAAACCGAAGCGACAAUGGUUUGAAAAUAGGAAAAAGCAGUCGAGUAACCAAUACGUGACAAUGACACAUAAACAGAAAUUCCUGAUACUAUCACAAAAAACGCGGAAAUUCGUGACCGUAUCACGAAAAAGAAUAAAAAGAUUAUGUGACUAUAAGUACAUAAUUUUGUGAGACUGGGUAGCAUAUAUUUCUUGUCACACAACUGUUGAGUCUUUGCAUUGCAUAAUGCUCGUAGGCGUUGUUUUUGUCUAAAAAGCUUGCAACCAAUCUAUAUUUUGGGAAAUAUGAUAUUUGUACUGCUGAGAAAAACACUCCACGCCAUUUUAAUCUUUGUUAUUGUCAUAUACAUUUACUAUACAGAUAUUACAUAAUGUGGAUUAUUUUAAAAAUGUUUCUCCUUUUAUUGUUUUUGCAUAUUUAUUUUUAUAGUUUUAAGGCAACAAAAGGACUGCUGAUAAAAUUGUGUUAAUGUUUGAGUUUUUGCAAAUUAUUUUAAUUGUGGAAAAUAACCCUGCAGGGCAGGAAAUGACAUUGAAAUAUCCAAUAAGUUGUAUUAAAUAUGGGGUGCUCAAUUGUACUGUAUUUUUUAUAUAAAAACAGUUGUACCAUCAAAUAAUUUUGUAGGUUUGAUAAAAACAAACAUCUACUUUAAAAUAACACAAUUAAAGGUGCUUUUCAUUUGUAAAUGUUUUUAUGUAUACAUACUGUAUGAUUGUACAGAUUAUUUUGCCUACCUCACUCUGUCUAAUAAACCUUUUACAAUAAA